UGCUAUGUCAGCGCCAGCCAAGCAAUCGCUAAUGAUAUUGUGUUUUCUUCCAGUAUAAAUAUCUUGAAAUACCAACUAUAGCACAACUUUAACCUUUUACACACGAAACUAGAACGGCAUUGCCAGCGUCUAGGACAAUACUUCAACAAAACCAUGUUUCUCUGGGAUUGGAUGCAGUCAGUUCUGCAAUUUUUCGGCUUCAAUAGAACCGCUAAGAUCAUGAUUGUUGGACUGGACAACGCGGGCAAGUCCACCCUACUGACCAUGCUGAAGACAGGACGUGCUGUGCAGUUCCCGCCGACAGGCCAGGCACGAUGUGAAGAGAUGACUAUUGGUGGACUUACCAUACAGGCAUACGAUCUCGGCGGACAUAUGACAAUGCGGAGAGUUUGGCUGGAUUACUUCCCCGCUGUAGAUGGGAUUGUUUACAUCAUCGACUCGGCAGACAGAGAGAGACUCCAGGAGAGCAAAAACGAACUUUCGAGGAUCGUUGAAGACCCCGAUAUACCUCCGGUUCCUAUUCUUAUACUUGGUAACAAGACGGACAAAGCAACAGCUAUCGGCAAGGAAGAGCUCAUAAUGAAAUUUGGCCUACAGUGUCAUCUGAAUCAGGAGGCGAGAUUCCAGGAGGCGGAUGAUGAUACAUCACAACGCCGGAAGUGUCAGCUGUUUAUGUGUAGUCUACUGAAGAAAAAUGGAUACGGGGACGCCUUCCGGUGGUUGGCAAAGGCCACAAACAAAUAAACGUGAUGGCACUAAAAAAUAUAGUAAUAUGUCUGCCACGUAGAAACAGAUCAUUACAUGACAGCCUUAAAGGACGUAGAUGGUGACCCCGACGAUGACAAGAUAAAUCGUUCCUGAAAACAAAAACAUAACUUACGGAACUUAAUGAAAACAAAACUUAACACCAAUCAACAACAGUGAUUUGAGUGUAAGAAUGAUAUGAGGACAUACCUGGAUGUUAACCAAGAUUAUCUUAUCAUUAUACGUAAUUUCACUCUUAAGAACUGAGCUGCUAGUCAACGGUAGUACUACAUGUAGUACCCCUGCAACGACGCUAGUUAUAUUUAAAACAAAUUAGUAAAGGAGCGAGUUCGGUUUAUACGAACAAAAAACAGUGGAUUGUUUUCUAGCGUUUGCCUGCUAUGGGACAGUGAUCCUUAAUUGACUACAAUGAUGUAUUUCAGACCUCGGGGACAAUGCUAUCUAACAGGAUCAGAUUACAUGAGAUUAUUCUAAACACAUUAUAUGUUAGUAAAAAUUGUAUACGUGAUAUAAAUGUUUUACAAUGUAAAAAAAUAUGUUACAUGUGAAAUCUUGAAUGUUGCAAUGUCAAUGCAAUUUUUACCAAUUGAAAUUGUGUCUCUUUCAAACGUGACACAUCAUAUUAUAGUAAUUAUGUUUGUUAGAACUAUGGGAGGUGUAAUUGACCUCCACUUCUGCUAUUGUAAUGCAGUAGAUAAAUGAAGUAUGAAUAUGAAUUUAGUCCUAUUACUGUGUAAAGUGAUACAUUUAUAUUUUUGUACAUUGUUAUUAAAUUCGGUUUUAAAAGUUAUAUCAUUUAUUGU